CAAACUUGUUCACGGGUUGUGCUAGUUUUAGCAAAGGAAUAAAGUCAGUACAGCAAGAGAAGCAAACAUCAUGAGGUGCUAUUACUCCUUGUCUGUUCUUGUCUCUCUUCUACUCAUGCUAAUCCUUGCUUCAAAAGUUGUCACUCUCUCGAGCUCGUGCCAAAACGAAUCAUGUGGAAAUGUAAAGAUCCCAUACCCUUUUGGAAUCCAACAAGGUUGCUAUCUCAACGAAUGGUACAGAAUCGAAUGCAGAAACGCUACUUUGCCGUUCCUUUUCAAGAUGGGCAUGGAAGUUGUGGAUAUCUCUUUGCCAGGCGAAGGAUAUAUUUCUUAUUCUGCCACAUCGUCAUUCGGGUCGAUUCGUGUCAGAAACCCGAUGACCUCCGUUGGAUGUUCGAGAGAUGGAAAAGAGACUGGAUCGGUUUUGAAUUUGACGGGCAGCCCUUUCUUCUUUGGGAGAGGAAACAGCCUCGUAGCGGCUGGCUGCAACAGCAAGGCGUCUUUGACUAACAUCGAGCCGAGAACGGUGGGGUGCGAGCUGAACUGCACCGCAAGCAAAGAGACGUCACUUAGAAGAAGCGUCCCUUUUUUGGACAAAACCGGGUGUUCCAGCGAUGCGUUGCCUUAUACUGACGAAUGGGUAAAUUGUACAAAUAAGGAAUUGGAAGGUGAAAGAAGCUGUGAUGGUAACGGAUGCUGCAGUGCAGUUCUGUCGGAUGAUGACGCUCACCAAGUGAUCGGUGUCAGCAUAGAGGACUUUGAUUAUGGAAUCUCGACUAGCCGAGGAUGCAGAGUCGCUUUCUUAACAGAUGAAGUCUACACUUUAUCGAAUGCAACCAAACCACAGAGCUUUUUCGCUGAAGGGUAUGCUACAGUUACGAUAGGAUGGGCCAUUCAGACGAAUGCUCUUUCCUUCUUGAACUCGUUGAGCUGCAAAAGCAGAAAAGAGUACCAUAAUUUUACAAAAGGUAUUCGACACAGAACAAGUUGCUUAUGCAACAAUAUCACCAUUUCUGGGACCAGUUAUGCAAACUGUGGAUGCAAUCGAGGUUAUACAGGCAACCCAUACCUCUUUAACGGAUGCCAAGAUGUUAAUGAGUGCCAACGCGAUUCUGAUGGAAGACGCUUGGCCUGGGAUUGUACUGAAAGCGACGCUUGCGUGAAUAGGGUUGGACAUUAUCAUUGCGUGAGGACUGUAACAAUAUUGAUAGGAGUAGGUGCAGGUUUUGGCAUCUUGGCCCUAGCUGGUGGAAUCUGGUUUCUCAGAAAGUAUAUUAAGAAGAGAAAGGUGACUCAGAGGAAAAAGAAGUUCUUCAAACGCAACGGGGGGCUCUUGCUGGAACAACAACUAAAUACAAGAGAAGGCAACGUCGAAAAGACAAGAAUAUUCAGCUCGAGAGAGCUUGAAAAAGCCACUGAAAACUUCAGCGAAAGCAGGAUACUUGGACAAGGUGGUCAAGGCACUGUGUACAAGGGAAUGCUUGUAGAUGGUCGAACGGUCGCUGUCAAGAAAUCCAAAGCUGUAGAUGAAGACAAACUAGAGGAGUUCAUCAACGAGGUCGUCAUUCUCUCCCAGAUCAACCAUAGACAUGUCGUCAAGCUCCUCGGAUGCUGUCUUGAGACCGAAGUUCCGAUUCUGGUUUAUGAGUUCAUCCCAAACGGAGAGAAGCCUGUCAUAACCCUUCCGGAUUCUCAAGAAAUAAGAGGCUUAGCGGAUCAUUUCAGAGCUGCCAUGAAAGAGAACAAGUUCUUUGAUAUCAUGGAUGCUCGAAUAAGAGAUGCCUGCAAACCGGAACAAGUGGUGGCAGUGGCAAAGCUAGCGAUGAGGUGUUUAAAUUCCAAGGGGAAGAAGCGGCCGAAUACGAGGCAAGUGUUUUCCGAGUUAGAGAAUAUAAGUUCAUCUCAGGAGGAUUCAUUGGUGGAGAUUGAAAUUGAGGACGGUGAUGAUGAAGAGGAAGAAGGAAUGAAUAUGAUACACAUAGCUGAUGCACCGACCAUUGGUGUUACUGCUCCAGCCUUCAGUGUUGUCGCUUCGUCUUCCUCGUCAGAUGUUAAGCCAUUGUUACCUCGUUCCACUUGGUGA